UCGAGAGUCUGAAGGUGUAAGUGCACUAACUUAGAUGGAUUACACGAUGGCUCAUCUAGAGAACUUGCGUGAUUAUUCUCACUGCCCACCAAAGAAGAGGCCUCUUGCUUUCUACAACGCACAGGAAAACGAUGACGAACAGCCACAAGACCUAAGCGUCAAGCGUCGUCGCCAUGACUCAGACCAGCAGGAAGUGUCAUACUCCACCCCUUCUCCUCCUCCCGCCCGCACGCCCACACCACCUAUGUCCCACCAGCCCACUCACGCCCCCGUCAGCCCGCCCAGAAUGCCCUCCCUCGCCGACUUCUACCUGAAGCUCUUCCAGACGACGGCGGUGCAGCAGCAGCAGCAACAGGCCGAGUGGUGGCGAGGGCCGAUGAUGUGGCCCCUCAUGCCGCCCGCCGCCCACCCCAGCCUGGCACCCCACCCCGCCCUGGCCUCACACCCUGGCCUGGCAGCCCGUCUGGCCUCCCCCCAGCCCUCGGAGGACCGCCUCGCCUCCCCUCGCUCCACGGCCUCCGAGGACUCCGGGGUCGGCACCGAAUCUCUCAGCGAGGAUGAGAUCGACGUCAUCAGUGACGCGGACACGUACAGGGCGUCGCCGCCCGCCUUCGACAGCAGCAGCCAAGAGCCUCCUCAGGCUCGCGGCGAGUCUCGUUACUCCUGCACGGAAUGCAACAAGUCCUACUCCACCUACUCCGGCCUCAGCAAGCACAAGCAGUUCCACUGCGCGGCCCUGGGCGCCAAGUCCUUCGGCUGCAAGCACUGCGACAAGGUGUACACGAGCCUGGGCGCCCUCAAGAUGCACAUCCGCACCCACACCCUGCCGUGCAAGUGCCACCUGUGCGGAAAGGCCUUCUCGCGCCCGUGGCUCCUGCAGGGCCACAUCAGAACCCACACGGGAGAGAAGCCCUUCCAGUGCUCGCAGUGCGACCGCUGCUUCGCCGACCGCAGCAACCUCCGCGCUCACCUCCAGACGCACGCCCACGUCAAGAAGUACGCCUGCGCGACCUGCCACAAGACCUUCUCCAGGAUGUCGCUCCUCAACAAGCACACGGAGGCCGCCUGUCCUGCUCGGCCGCAGGCGCAGCAGGCAGAAUGAGCGCCGCCUCGCCCCUGAGGAUGCCCAGUGAGCCAGCAGGAGUGAGGUGGCCCGCGGUGCCGCCACGAGUCACAACCAGCGCGUCUAGUCACACACGUGCCACUGUACAGUCAAAUCCACAGUAGCUAGUAAACUCCAAACUAUAAAAUAAAGAUAUAUAUUUUAUUCUA